UAUGGAGAUAUUGAAGGCCUUAUUAAUAACGUUACGGACGAAAUGUUUAGCCCUAGCUCAAUCACAAGACAACUGAAUGAUCAAAUUGCUCUAGCGAAAUCAACUGUCAUGGUUGCAAAAGAAAGCAGCAAUCUCCAGUUCGCUUGGGAACUCAAUGCCCGAAUCCACAAUUCUCAACUACUCAUUUCAAAUGCUGCAACCAGACGGAGUCCACUAACAGCCGGGGAAUCAGAUGGGGCAAUUCGUGAUAUGGCGCUCUUACUGUACCAAGCCCAACAUCAACUCCAUUACGACGACAGUCCAACCAUGAUGAUGAAACUGAAAGCGAAAAUCCAAUUUCUGGAAGAACAAGUCAGCUCUAUCAGUGACAAGAGCUCCAUGUACGGACAAAUUGCUGCUGAACAAGUGCCCAAGAGCUUCUACUGUCUUGGAGUGCGUUUAACUGUUGAAUGGCUUAAGAAGAACCAUUGGAAAAGUUCUAAUUUGAAGAAGAAGAAGAAGAAAUUACUCGUCGACAACAGUCUUCAUCAUAUCUGCGUCUUCUCAGACAAUGUUCUGGCAACCUCAGUUGUGGUAAACUCAACUGCAUUGAACUCCAAAAAUCCUAAAUCAAUUGUCUUCCACAUUGUGACAGACGAGGUCAGCUAUGGUUCAAUGAGUGCAUGGUUUUCCAUCAACAGUUUUGGGGGGUUGACAGUCGAGGUACAAAAGUUUGAAGACUUGAGCUGGCUCAAUGCUUCCUAUGUUCCUGUCCUUAAGCAGCUGCAAGACUCCAACACACAAAAGUACUACUUCUCUGGAAACAAUGAUGAAAAUAAUAGGAGCCCAAUGAAGUUCCGAAAUCCCAAGUACUUGUCAAUGCUGAAUCACCUGAGAUUUUACAUCCCUGAAGUAUUUCCGGGGCUAAAAAGAGUAGUGUUUCUUGACGAUGAUGUUGUGGUUAAGAAGGAUCUGUCUGAACUGUUCUCAAUUGAUUUGAAAGGAAACGUAAAUGGUGCGGUUGAAACAUGUAUGGAGACAUUCCAUAGGUACCACAAGUACUUGAAUUACUCACACCCGUUAAUAAGAGAACACUUUGACCCGGAUGCAUGUGGGUGGGCUUAUGGGAUGAAUGUAUUUGACUUGGUGGAGUGGAGGAAGAGGAACGUGACAGGGAUUUACCAUUACUGGCAGGAGAAGAACGUUGAUAGAACUAUGUGGAAGUUGGGAACUUUACCUCCAGGGCUGAUGACGUUUUAUGGGUUGACGGAGGCUUUGGAUAGGAAGUGGCAUGUGUUGGGAUUGGGUUAUAAUACAAAUGUGGACCCAGGGUUGUUAGAGAAGGGAGUUGUCCUACAUUUCAAUGGAAAUUCAAAACCAUGGUUGAAGAUUGGGAUGGACAAUUAUAAGCCCAUAUGGGAUAAAUAUGUCAAUUAUGACCACCCUUUCAUACACCAAUGCAAUAUACAUUAA